GCCGCAAAUGCUGGGACUGGCAAAGAUGAGCCCACCUCUGGAGGAGCAAUCACGUGUUUGUGGCGAGUACCGUAUAUACUGGCGCUUGCUGAACGAAACACAGCUAGGCAAACCUGCGACUAUGUGCCGUACAUUGCAGCGCAAGCGCGAACACACUUCCGAAAGCAGAAAGCCAGGUCACUGCAUCUGUUACAGGAGGGCGGCGCAGGCCCUCAGCAGUGUUGGCAGGACACAACAUCUGCCGAUGGCGGCGCGGUCUCCUCACUUUCGUGCACUAAAAAAAGCUGGGGACAGCCUCAUCAUGGAGAUGGAGCUUCAAUCGGUAACGGAGAUUAUAAUGAGGACGACGCACAUGCAGGCAAUUUUUCUUGGUGUGGGGACUACCAUAUUAAUACGAAUGGCUAUGGGUAUGACGGCGCUAAUGCGUCGGAACAAGACCCCUGGUGGGGCGGUUGCCCACCUGAAAACGUCGAUUACAACGGUUUUCUUGACGGUGAUGAAGGUGGGACGGACCACAGGUUGGUGCAGACUCGUGGUGAAGAGUGGCCAACAGAGAGUUACGAUCUGGCAAGGCUUCAGCAAUACGCAGAAGACUGCGUUGAGAAAGAGCCUUAUGAGCUCCGCGAGCUCUACGGCCACCAGCGAAAACUGCAGAACCUUGCGGAGUUCGUAGAGAACAAACUGGGCGAAUACAUGACCGAGAAUGCGCUGGCUUCUGAGGUGCCACAACGUGUUCGCCGUCUCAUGCUUAAGGGCUGCGCUUGUCACUUGAUCUUCAUGUUGCCUAAUUCUAUAUCUUUUUCUCUACAACAACUACAACAACUGGCACUGAAAAAUGUGCGAGCGUAUUUCGAGUACAUCAAGGCCGAAGUGCAGCCAUUUACUUAGCAUUUUGGAUCGUGUGCCUCUGUCUGCUGCUCCGGUUCUCUGGGCUACGGAGUCAUAAAUUGACGAUGAGGCUGCGUAAGUGUAAGAGUAGGCGUAAGCGUUGUGAAUGUGAAUGACUUGCUAGUAUAUGUAUAGGACUUUAGCCUCUAACAGUGCGAAAGUAAUGCGACAGGUAAACGCGUUUGCUGAUGAGCAAGAACGGGAAAUGGAGCAAGAGUUGGAGCAAGAACGCCAUACGCAGAGAGCUAAGCCGCCACGUCCGGCGACACCUCGUGUCUCGAAAGGUCUCGCGGAUUUGCGCCAAAAACUGAAUCGGGGAGAAACUUUCGACUUUGACGUCGAGGGACAUGUAACUAAUAUAUCUGCUAGUGCUACUCGCUUCUAAAAUCUUGGUAGAAAGUGAAAGUAGUGUAAGAGUAAGUGGGCUAUCAACAUCCUUUCGGCCCUUGUUGAAGUUGCGAAUGUUCAUCGCUAUCACGAUUAUGAGGUGCAGCCGGCGCGAAUUUGUUUUGAUCAGAUGGAUGCAUUUCAAAUUCAAUUCCAAUUGUCUCUAGGAACCGUCCGACGACCCUCGCGAGUUUAUUCCACUGCGUGAUGCUUUGAAGGAAAUUGGCGUCUUUUGUGAUGGCGGUCUUUGUGACCAGACUGAUGAGCAGCAUUGCUUUCCUUCGACAUUCACCUUCGUCACAAGGGGUUUUCUGACAACCAUCAUGAGUCAGUGCCGGAAAUUUCAAAAUCAACAAAAUGAAGAAGACCAAGGUCUGCAGUUGCGAGACUUGAAGUCGGUGACAUCCGUUUCCAAGCAAACGAGGAAAGAUGGACACGUUCCAGAGGAAGCAACGCGGCACGCAUUUUUAAGCAGUACAUCAAGAGGCUUCGCCUACAGCAUGAAUCUGUGCACGUUGUCAUCGACAGCCGUGAUGAAGGUGCCACAAUUCGUUGUGCGUUUCAGGAGGAAAAAGCAAAGCGAAACGGAGUCAGAUGUUCUCUUGCUCGUUUCGAAUUUGGAGGCUGAAAGAGUCUUCGUCAAUUCGAGCAAUUUGCGGCUCUUUUGCACGAUCAGCCGAACUGAUCAGGAUGCGGGUUGCCUCCAAGACCGGAUGCCCAGCUUGCCAACCGUCGUGGUGAAAACGUCCGUCUCUGCAAAUACAGCUACAGCAACAGGUACUAAAAACCUCAGUCGAUCGAUAAAGACUUCUGUGCCAGUCGGAGCUGCAACAGCCACCGCUGCGCCUGCAACUAUUUCAUCGACCCAGCAGAGUCGAUCUAAGAAUGGUGCGUCGACAUCGAAAGCGAGCGCGACUAGCUCGUCUGCACUUGCGCAUCGGAUGACCAUGGAAUUAACGCACCUAGUGCCCUUGCAUGCUUUUGCUGGUAGCGUCUAUGCGGAUGAUGCUGUCCUCAGGCAGCUGCUCCACUACUUCGGACUGGUGCGGCGGGAUAGUUCUCAGUUUCACAGGUGGGCAGAGCCCAAGGACGAAAAAAGCCAACCGCUCGUUUCGAAAGACGGUUUUGUAUUCGAAGGGAAAGCGAGGAGCAAAGACGGUGAACUCUUUGAGUAUCGUCAUUGCGAGUACAAGGUCUCGCCUGUAGCCUUCCUGCGCAGAUUUUACAGUCAGGUCAGGUACCUGCAAACAGAGCUUUCCACGUCAUCGCUGGGCUCUGUUUUACAAUGCAGCUUAGGGUCUACAUGAAGGCUUCAGCGGUGGAGUAAAUAUUCAUUCUGAGACUGAGGCGGUUCUGCUACAUCCUUGUUCCAGUUCCUAAAGUUACGAGGUCGUGCACAUUAUAUUCGGGGGACUACACCGUCCGAGUUCGAGAAUAUCCGUCGUGGAGUUUUGAUCGUAAAAGGGACACGCUGUAACAUGAUGAUAUUGAAGUACUAGUUGAAGGUCAGAAAAGUUCAGCUUCAGCUUGCUUGUCGCUGUCAGUGUGCAGCCAUUGAUCUCAUGGAUCAUAUGGUAGUUCUAGUUGUUGUUCAAUAAACAAUAAGAGAGCGACCACUAGAGUUUUUCGAUUUUUUAGAAGGCCGCCACGCUUCGCCAUUCUACUCGUAAAGAGAAAUAAUCCCUGUAUUCUCAACAACGGCCCAUCCCACCGCUUGCUAGCACCAGUGCGAGAGUCUCAGAACGCGGAUUCUAACGCUACGAAGAGUAAGUAACUGACUGUUGAAGUUUCAUGAUAAUCAUAGUGAAAAUGUAGGCUGAUUGAAAAUUGAAGAGGUUCUUGGGUGGCGCAACUUCCCUGUUGUUGCUCGUAAAGAUCUGCCGCGCAGCGAUCGAUGAAUCCUCUUCCUUUUGUAUGUCAUGAAACCACCACUCACGAUUCUAUCGCGAUCCGUUGCUUCUUUUUGAGUCAUUUAUGGCCAUCUUGACCAGGUUCAUGAUGCGAUUCCCAACUUAUAUCAAUAUCGAUUCCAUCUAAGCCUCAACGUCAACCUCAAGUUACCUGCCAGUCAAUUUGUGUAAGGCGAAUCGGG